GAGUUGGUCGCAAUCAUUGUUUCUCUGCAGCAUUAACCACAUUCCAGAGAGGCGCAGCGCAUCCUGUCUUCCUCCCCGCAUUCCUUUUACGCAAACGAGUCCCCUGCGUAAAACGCUAUUUUGUUCACAUUUUCGCCCGCCUGGCGAGCUCACACCCUCACAUAAAGCUUAACUGCGGCAUAUACGAUUAUCCGGACUACUUUGAUUCUUCACACGGAGGCAGGAAGAGAAAUCUAGAGGAAAAACCAACAAGGGGAAAUUCCUCCGCGCAGCGCGCCAUUGACUGUAAAGAUCUUUCAACUUAACAAAAACUGAAGUUGACAAACGUAUCCCUGUCGGCUGAAACUGAGAAAGAGUUUGUUUUUUCGGCGGAGCGGGGAAAGCAGGAGCGGACGAUGCGGCUCUCGGUGCAGCUUUCUGGGUCCGUCGGUCGUUUUGUGUAAAUGAGCGACGGCUGUUCGGCGGCGUUUUGUUUUGAUUUCCAUGUGAAAUGCAAUUAGAGCUCCGCGGUGCUCGCUAGUUUGCUCUCGGAGCGCAGCGCACUCUCAACUUGUUUCUCGCCUCGGGAGCACAACAUGGAGCACUACCAGGAAGAUUUGGGACUCCGGGCCACUAAACUGAUGGAGGAUCUUUCCCUGUACGAUGCCUACAAAGACGGGAUGUACAGCGCCAGGAGAGACUUGGUGAUUAACCCCGAUUUAGACUUUUCGGCUCCGGCUGUGGCGGAGCACAAAACUAAGCCGAUGAAUGGUACCUCUGUGCUCCACCAGCAGCAUCACACUGUGGAGAAUUUCACCGCUGGGAAUAAAGUGUACAACGCGGCUCCGGUGCGACCCGUCAACUGCAACCGGACCGUUCCGGUGGAUUUCUGCGCCCCUCAGAGAGACGCGGUGUACAGUGAGGAGGGCUGCUGCACCAAAUCCGAGGUGGCGCUGCCCUGCUACACGGGCGCGUCCGAGCGGCACCGGAGGUACUCUCUGGAGGUGCAGGGCCACAGGUACAGCACCGGAUCCACCUUCGACGGCGUGCCGCUCAACAAGCCGGUGGCUCUGCCCGGCAACAGGUGCAACAGCGUCUGCAUCACCAGCAGCCACGACGGGAGAUACAAUGCCACCAGCCCCCGGUCCAGCCUGGCAUCGUCUCUGUCCUCCCAGGAGCAGAGCAAGCAUGCCAGCCCCAGGUCCAGCAUCAGCAGCCCGCGUACCAGCCUGGUGGUACCGGGGCAGGACAGGUACACGAGCCCCAGGUCUAGUUUGGUUCACUGUGAAGGCAGCAGUGUCCUCAGUCCCAGAUCCAGCUAUGCAAGCACCGCCAGCGACACCAGUAAACACUCCAGCCCCCGGGCCAGCCUCAACAGCUGCGACUGCUGCAGCAAACCCAGCAGCAACCGCACCAGCGGCAUCAGCAUGGGCUACGACCAGAGGCACACCAGCCCCAGGUCCAGCACGGCCAGCCAGUACUCGUUCACCACCAGCCCCCGAUCCAGCUACUCUGACUCCCGGUACGGGCCCGUGGUCAACCACGACCUGGAGGGGGCCAUCCUGCACGCAGCGCCGCUGGCCAGCCCCCGCUCCAGCAUCUGCAGCCAGGACGGGAGCGCACGACCGGGGACCAGCGCCAACUGCGUGGUCAGUCCGCGGUCCAGCAUCUCCAGUCACAGCUCCAGAAGUUCCCGCAGCUCCAGGGGAUCUAUGAGCACGUACCCGGACCUGCAGCUGCCCUCACCCCGGUCGUCCAUGCUGGGCAGCAGCCUACACGAGGACACGCUGCUGCAGGAGUUUGGAGACUCCAACGGGAUCCAAACUCGCCUCCAUCUCCAGGGGCUGUCUGCGGUGCCCGAACCCCAGCAGCAGGCAGCCCAGACGGCAGGGACAGCGGAGAUAACCGUGGGGUCACCAUCGUCGUUCAGUUAUGGGAUGUCCUCUAAAACGGCCUCUUCAAGCCAGAGGUUUAAGCUUCCUUACCAGGUGACCCCCAGCCGGGAGAGCGGGCCGAGCCAGGCUGAGAAAAGGCUGGAGGCGCUCACCUUGGAGCUGGAAAAGGAGUUAGAGAUGCACAUGAAAAAGGAAUACUUUGGUAUCUGUGUCAAAUGUGGGAAGGGUGUGUACGGUGCCAGCCAGGCCUGCCAGGCCAUGGGGAACCUGUACCACACAAACUGCUUCACCUGCUGCUCCUGUGGGAGGAGGCUGCGAGGGAAAGCGUUCUACAACGUCAACGGGAAGGUCUAUUGUGAGGAGGAUUUCCUGUACUCUGGUUUCCAGCAGACGGCUGAGAAGUGCUUUGUGUGUGGUCACCUCAUCAUGGAGAUGAUCCUCCAGGCGCUCGGCAAGUCCUACCAUCCAGGCUGUUUCCGCUGCGUGGUGUGUAAAGAGGGUCUGGACGGAGUGCCUUUCACAGUGGACGUUGAAAACAACAUCUACUGUGUCAAAGACUACCACACGGUUUUUGCUCCCAAGUGUGCCUCAUGCAACCAGCCCAUCCUUCCAGCCCAGGGCUCUGAGGAGACCAUCCGGGUUGUUUCGAUGGACAAGGACUACCAUGUGGAGUGUUACCACUGUGAGGACUGCGAUCUCCAGCUAAACGACGAGGAGGGCCACCGCUGUUAUCCACUGGAAGGCCACCUGCUCUGCCAUGGCUGUCACAUCCACCGGCUCCAGUCGCAGGUUCCUGCCCACGCGCCCCCCAGCUACCCCCUCCAUGUCACCGAAUUGUGAGGGAGGGGGAGGACCAAGCUCCGCCUCCCAGGUGAUCCGGGACACCAGCAGCGGGCGACAGUGAGAAAAAAAAAAAAAAAAAAUGCCUGCACCACCUCCAGCAGUUCCAGGAAAGCCUCAGUGUGGCCCUCUGAGCUACUGCUGCUGUCCUCAGCUGGACAGCCCCACCGUGGACUUGCACACACAGUGCAGCUCCCACCACAAGCCCUGCUGUCACAUGGCAGGGCUGGGAAAAAGGGUCCCCCUCUUCCUCCAUCUGUGGUCCUUUCCUUCCCCCCUCUCCUUCCCCUCGGGUGCCUAACCCUUAAAGCCAACAUGCCAGCUCACCCAGAGGCCCCCAGUGACGUCACACCCCCUGACCCCUGCACAUUCAUCAAAGGGAGGGGGUUUUUUGGAUCGGAGGAGAGGACGCUAACCCGUCUCUUUCCUUCGCUUCCCUCUCUGCUUUUCCGGGUUUUUCAUUCCUGUGCUCUGACUGAAGUGGUUUACCGCAGUGAAUUCACCAGUGCUGUCACGUCUGAGAACGCUGCUGAUGUCGGCGUCGGGAAGGCCGGGGAACGAGCCGCUGCAUUCCAGUGCUGGCUGGAGUGGACGAGUCCCGAGGGUGGGCAUGACGUGCCUUCAGAGAGGGCGCUCUCCGAGCAGCUUCUAACACUGAGAUGGAGCCGUGCGAAAGGCUAUGCAAAGGACACCCAGCAUCACGACACAGGGCUGAGAGAAAAAACAGUCGACUCAUCACUCGCCACCCUGCACCACCCCGACAUAACAGAUGCACCGUAGCAGCACAAGCCCAGAGGAGCGACUGACAUUCCACUUAGAAGUCUAAGACGACACCUCGAGAGAUUCACAAGCAGUGUCUUAAUUAAUGAUUAUAUUAUGACGGAAAAUUUUAGAUGCACAUAGAUUGUCUUUUAUAUAUGAAUAUAUAUUUUGCAGAUGUUUUCCACAUAAGAUCCUAGAGGUAGAUUUUUUUUUUCAUGUUGCUGCGCUCGUGAUAGAAUCAGAGGUGGAACUGUCUGUCAUGCAGUCUGAAGCCUCUGCAGCUUUUGAGUCUGUUGUAUCAUUUCUCCUCCAGGACACAGAGCCUCUUCGUGUCUGUCAGCGGCUCAGAGAUUCACAGGAUUUGUAGGAGCAGACCGAGCUCAAACUCUAUUUGCCUUCGAUUGUUUUAUCCCACUUUGAGUACACAGUGACUGUUGCUUUUUCACAGAAUAUCCCCUAAACAUAUUUCAGAGGUUCUCAGACUUACUGCGCAAGUCGCCGAAUCUGAUUUUUAUCAAGGUCAGAAUUGUCUGAUGAAAAUAAAAUAACAGUUAAUGAAUUCUGCUAUAGGUUUGGAGCAACACAUAUUUAAGUUAAAGCCACUUAAGAUACAGUACAUUCAAAGCCAGUGUGAGAAAUGAUACCGUUUACCUGCAUCAGUGUUACCGCUGAGCUCUCACGCAGCAUUAUACUAUAAACAUACAUCUUUGGAUCAGCAGGAGACCGAGGUAGACAUGGCUCAGACAUUUAGUCCAUAAUUAUUUCUGACUCAGACGUACUCUUACAUUGACGUUAUUUGUAGAAAUUGUGCGCUCUGUCUCCGGCAGUUGAUGUUGCCGUGACAACAGUAUCAAAAACAGGGAAAAACCACAUUAAAGCCAUGAUAAUCUGGUGACAGGUCCGCUGUGACUUAUUUACAGCUAAACUUUAUACUCAGCAUCGCUAACAAUUUAUUGAUUAAUAGAAAGUUCACCUGAAAAUAGAAAGCGUUUGUAACAUUAUAUUCAAACUCCAUGCAGAAAGAUCCCAGGAAGACGGAGGACGUGAACCAGGGAUCUUCUAGCUGUAAGGCAAAAGUGCUAACCACCAAGCCACUGUGCAGCCACCGUAGACAGUUUAUAUCUCAUGUUAUCACUCUGUUUCAAACAUACCAACUGAACACAUUAACUCUGAACCCCAAGCAGCUUCUGGGCACAUUUUUACUCAACGUGGUCCCAGUUUUUACUGCUAUAUAAAGUCCUGCACCUCUGUGAAAACAGCACAGCACACAAAGAAUGUCUUUUGUGAAGUAUAACAAAGUUAUAAUGCCCCUACAUCGUAAGAAAAGUGAGCUAAAGUAGAAUUUUGUGGAUUUUUUUAACAAAUAAAAAAAAUGGAAUCUGCAUAUACAUGGUGCUCACGGGUUUUUCCAGUAUGAGAAAUAAAAUGGUGACUAACCUACUAUAGCUAUUUUACUAAUUACAUUUUUAUGUAAUUUCUUUAUACUUGUCACCUAUUUGCAUGGUGUAUACACAACCUGCAGUUCAGCUGAAAAGUCUUUGAAUUUUUGUCACAAGACUUGCUCGCAGCUGCGUUUUUGAUAACUUCACAGGUGCAUCAGGGAGCACAAAUUUUUUACAUAAUAAUCUAUUUUGGGCUCAUUUUUAAAUGAGGCACAUAGAAUAAUGUGAUUUUGAUGAAAUAUCACAAUUUUAAGUUUAGACUUUGUUAAGUUUGACAAUUCUUCUUGUUGUUACACUUUCUAGCCUUUAUAAGUUUAGUCAUCUGGGCCUUUUUUUUCUUAGGAUAACAUGACUUUCGAACCCGCUGGCAGGUUUGUGGGUUUAGAGGGGUUACCCUCCCUGAACACAGACUUUAAUGUUGCACAUGUAAAAGCUCUGUAUAGUAACUUUAUGUUAUGGAUAAUUCAUACAUAAUGUAAGACAUGCAUUUUUCUUAAACCCUUCAAAUCUGAGCCUCUGUCAUCACAUCAGAAGGUAUUACAACUGGCACUUGGUUAAGUUUAUAUCUAAAAUCUUAAGUAACAGAUUAGCAAAAAUAAAUAAAGUCCCCAAAAACAAAGAUUCUUGUGCUUUUGGUGGAAGACUGAAAAACACUCAGUAGUCACUAUAGAUGGGAAAAUGCUAGCUGUCACUCUGAGAAUAAAUUAUUGUCAGCUAGAAAAGUUUCCCAAAAUGAAGUAUUAAUGAGCUCUGUGGCUUAAAUUAUAAAAAUUGCAUUUUAAAACAAUGGAACUGGAGAAGGUUUGGCUGAUUAUGUCACAUUUUGCAAGCUGCUGUACUGGAGAGAGUUUUGUUGGCAGUCAGUUUGUUGUCACACAGACAUGCAUAUAAAAUUAUGACUAAUUAGUUUUUUUUAGCAGGAAGUGGCGACAUUCCUUCCAAAGAGAGACAGAUGAAAAAGACCUCAGGCGAAAUUAAAACUAGGUGUCCCACACUGACAUUUACCUGCUACUAGGGUACUCAAAGUGGAAUAAACCUAUAAUGCUUAUCUGCAAAUACCUUUUGUUCAAGGUCUGUUCAGGAUACUGUUUCCUGGUAUGUUCUCCACACACUGUUUUUUGUCAUAUGAGCACGCAGUGCGUUACUAUGAGGAAGCUAGGCUGGUCCACAUGCCUUAAGACACAGCAGGUAUGUUUGUUUGUGUGUCUCGCUCUGCUCUGCCAUGAAGUCUGCUGUUGUGUUUAGGAGGAUGUCUCUGAAAACACGGAGCUGCUGGUCCCACCCGUGUUUUUCAGGGAGCUGCCCCCCCCUCGCUGAUUGUGUGUGUGUGUGUGUGUGUGUGUGUGUGUUUGUGUGUGAAACACUUGAAAAGUCAAGCUGUGGUGGUGCUGGAAAACUCUUCUCACCAUUCCCCACUGGACUCUGCUGUCAGUGAGUUUAAUUGGAUUGGCACUAAACAGAUCAUUCCCUGUGUGUACACAAACCCACAGUUCAAGAUAUUCUCUUGUGGAGAAAAGCUCUUAAUUCUGAGCUUGUGCGUAUUUGUGCUGACGAGCCCCAACGAUAUGUGCUUAUUUCAAAUAUGAGCAAGUUGUGUGAAUGUCUGAGUGCUUGUGUGUGUGUGUGUGUGAGAGAGUGUGUGUCCUAGUGGCAGGGCCAUGACACAUGCACCUCACUGUGUUUGCAGGGCAGCGCAGCAUCCAACACAGUGACCCCUGCUCUCUCUGUUGAAGCCCACUGAUGACUCUGACGAUUCUGUCUGCCCAUCGCAUACCUUAAUCCAGAUGUUUUAAUCUAAUUCUUGGUGAUUGUAUGAGCAUGUGUCUGGCACCAUGUUGGACUUGGAGCAUAUGGGCUUACACGUGCCAGUGCAGCAAACUUUGACUGUAGCAAACUCCACCCAUGUGGUAUUCCACCUGAAACAGUCACCAUCUAUUACGAGCAAACACUGGCCCAGCUCUUAUUCAUACUGUAAUACUGUAACCCACACAGGUCUGAGUAAAUACUACUGAAUGUGACAAAAACACAGACUGAAGGCAGGGGUCACCACAGGCAGAAAGUGCUUCUUAAUGUAACCUGAUGUAAUGAGAUUCAUUUGAAUGUAAUAAUGAUUCGUAAAAGCAGAAAAGAAAAGGACUGCAUACUGUACACGAGACAUUCCCCUUGUCGUGUGACGUGUUUCACCUCAGCUUUGUACAAGGGUCCAGUAAUGUGUGCUAUACUUGAAGAAUGAGGCACUCUCUGAAUUUAUCUGCACAAUGUCAACCCCCGAGAGAAACUUAACAAGACCAGAGUGUGUGCCCUUUAAAGAUGUCUUAAUUCACUUGUUUAAAAGUACUACUUCAGUUUCUAUUGCAUAGCACACAGCUAGUUACCCUGUACAUAAAGAGGCUAGUUUUUUAUUUUAUUUUUCUGUCAAAAAUCACUUGGAAAGAGAAGACGACUUCUUCUUGGUCUCCUCCUCCUACUGGUAGUUCCAAUAAGCACAUCUCGACACCUGUCACACAUCUUUUAUAUCGCUAAGUGUUUUGAUUACCUAGAUGGUUCAUUUAAAAAAAGGAAACUAGAUCUAUUUAUCUAAACAUGAAAAAAGUCUAAAGUUAUUUAAUGUAUUAAAAUCGGGACGUAUCAUUUAACUGUAGAUGACAUAAUCUGCUUUUUCAAUAAAGUGGUUUUGUAGCUAACUGCAA